AUGAAGACCAUUAUUGGUAUCUCGGCUUUACUGCCAUUCUUCACUCAUCUGGUUCAAGCUCAAAGUACAAACAUUCUAGAGCAGCACUUUGGCAAUGAUGCGGAUUGGUAUCGCGACAGAGUCCCCAUUUUUGAAUGUAGCGACAAAUCCAUCACGGAUGUCUACUACUACCGUUGGAAGAUCUUCCGUACCCACCAGCGCAACCUGGGCUCAAAUGGAUUCAUAUCAACUGAGUUUCUCGACAAUGUCGGCUGGCAGAACAAGGAUUGGGCGUCCCUCAAUGAUGCCUCUAUCUUCCACUUGAACGAGGGUAGAUGGUGUCGUGACCCGCGAUUCAAGCAGGAUUACGCAAAGUUCAUGUAUAGCGAGAACAGCAAUCCUCGACAAUACACCGAGGCUAUGGCAGCAGGCGUUUGGAACAACUAUCUCGUUGACGGCGAUUCUGAGCUAUCUCUUUCACUUCUGCAAAGCAUGCAAGAUAACUACGAAAAGUGGAUUGAAGAACGAUUUGACAAAUCAAAGGGCCUUUUCUGGAUUGCUCCUCUCCAGGAUGCUACUGAAUACACCAUCGGGAGUAUUGAUGCGUCCGGGGCAAAGGAUGGCUUUACAGGUGGAGAGACCUUUAGGCCAACCUUCAACAGCUACCAGAUCGCCAACGCCCGAGCUAUCGCCAACAUUGCCAAGAUCAAAGGGGAUCAAGCAGUUGUCGAUAAGUACAAUGAUCGUGCCGAUGUGCUCAAGAAACGUGUGCAAGAGGAUCUUUGGAACUCGACACUCAAUCACUUCAUCGACCGUUACUACGUGGAUAACGAGUUUGUCAAAUACUGGUCGCCCAUUCGCGGAAGAGAGCUGGCUGGUAUGGUUCCAUGGACUCACGAUAUACCCGAUGACAACGAGGAAUACUCUCAAGCAUGGGAACAUAUCCUAGAUUCAGAACGUCUCGCGGGACCUUUUGGCCUCCGUACUGUGGAACCAUCGUAUGAGCACUACAUGCGAGUCUGGCGUUACGAAGGCGAUCACGUUGAGUGUCACUGGAACGGUCCGAGCUGGCCUUAUCAGACCACUCAGGUUUUGACAGCCCUCGGCAACGUCCUGGAUCAUUAUCCCACAUCAGCAAAGUCGGUCACCGUCAAGAACUAUAUCAGCCUCCUGAAGCAGUACGCUGCUCAGCAUCAUAACAAGGAUCAUGAUACACUGGAUCUUGAGGAAAACUACGAUCCUGAUACAGGUCAUCCCAUUGUCGGACUUGGCCGGUCGCAUCAUUACUUCCAUUCUGGAUACAUUGACUUGAUCAUGUCGGGUUUUGUUGGAGUUCGGCCUCGACAAGAUGACGUGCUCGAAGUCAACCCUCUUGUCGAUGAGGGCAUAUCGUAUUUCCGCGCCGAGAAUAUUCUUUAUCAUGGCCGCAAUGUCACUGUGCAGUGGGAUGCAACCGGCGACAAGUACGGCAAGUCCGGCCUAAGGGUACAAAUUGACGGACAAGACGCCGGCUCGUCAGAUAAACUCGAACGCCUCGAAAUCAAGCUUGAGCGCGAGACAGUCCCUAUUUCGAGACCUAUCGCCAAGUCCAUUCAGCUUCAAGCAGACUCUUCCUCCCCAAAAGUCGCUUCUUCCAUCUUGAACGCCGAUAAACAGCGUGUUCACGAUGUAUUCGACGGACGUAUCUGGUUCUGGCCUGAAACUACUAUUGCUAACGGCUUCGACACACCCGAAGGAAAUUCCGAUGAGCAAUGGGUCAGCAUCGACUUUGGAUCUGCUCAGCAAGCUAAGCGGGCAGAGAUUGCGUUUUAUCAGAAUACUGAACAGGGUUUCGAUGUCCCGGCUAGUUAUCGUGUCCAGGUCAAUGAUGGUGGUUGGAAGGAUGUGACUGGCGAUGACUAUGAAAAGCCAAUCGCGAAUGGUGUCACCAAGGCCUCUUGGUCUAGUGCCUCGGCGGAGGCCUGGAGGAUUGUAGUCAAGCCGCAAGAUGGUUCUCGCACACGAUUGGUGGAAUUUUCUUUGUUUGAGUAG